UUGCAGCACUCUCUUUGCGACUCAACUAUCUCAGCAAACAAACACCACUACCACCUGUUCUGAAAAUGGUGACAGUUGAUGAAAUCCGAAAGGAUCAGCGAGCAGAUGGCCCAGCCACGGUCAUGGCAAUUGGGACGGCCACACCACCGCACUGCUACGAUCAAAACACGUACCCAGAUUACUACUUCCGCAUCACCAACAGCGAGCACAAGACAGAGCUGAAAGAGAAAUUCAAGAGCAUGUGUGAAAAUUCGACGAUCAAGAAGAGGUAUAUGUACUUAACGGAGGAGAUCCUCAAAGAAAACCCUAAUAUGCGCGAGCACAUGGCACCCUCACUGGAUGCCAGGCAAGAUAUGGUAUUAGUUGAGGUCCCAAAGCUAGGGAAAGAGGCUGCCAUCAAGGCCAUCAAGGAAUGGGGCCAGCCCAAGUCCAAGAUCACCCAUUUGGUCUUUUGCACCAUUAGUGGUGUGGACAUGCCUGGAGCUGACUACCAGCUUACCAAGCUCCUGGGCCUACCUCCAUCCGUCAAGCGCAUCAUGAUGUACCAACAAGGAUGUUUUGCCGGUGGCACCGUUCUCCGUCUAGCCAAGGAUCAAGCUGAGAAUAACAAUGGUGCACGAGUACUGGUCGUCUGUUCGGAAAUCACCGCCAUCAAUUUUCGUGGGCCUAGUGACACCCAUUUUGGUAGCCUCGUUGGCGAAGUUUUGUUCGGUGAUGGUGCAGCCGCCCUUAUAGUUGGUUCGGACCUUGUACCGGGAGUUGAGAAGCCCAUAUUUGAACUAGUCUCAGUAGCCCAAACAAUUCUUCCUGGAAGUGAAGGGGCAAUUGAAGGUCAUUUAGGCGAGGCCGGGCUUGUGUUACAUCUUCUAAAGAAUGUUGCGGAGCUUAUUUCAAAUAACAUUGAGGAUAGCCUGCUGGAAGCCUUCAAGCCAUUAGGUAUCUUAGACUGGAACUCCAUUUUUUGGAUUGCACACCCAGGUGGGCCUGCAAUUCUUGACCAGGUUGAGCUAAAGUUGGGCCUAAAACCUGACAAGUUAUGGGCUACAAGGCACGUGCUUAGCGAGUAUGGUAACAUGUCAAGUGCUGGUGUGCUAUUCAUUUUGGAUGAGAUGAGGAAAAAGUCUUUCGAGAAUGGAUUGAAGACAACAGGAGAUGGGCUUGACUGGGGAGUACUGUUUGGGUUUGGACCUGGCCUUACGGUUGAGACGGUAGUACUUCACAGCGUGGCAAUUUAAAAAGGCAUCUUUAGCCUUUUGUUUUUUUAAUUUUUUAAUUUUAUUUUUUUUUGGGUGAAUAAAAUGGUUGAUGAAGCAGAGGCUGGCAAAAACCCAAGGACGUUUUUUUUUUUUUUUUUUUUUUUCCUCCUCCUUUUGGUGUGGCUGUGCAUGCAUUUCGUUUUUCUGGUCUG